CGCACAAACACACACUUAAGACACCACUCAAGUACACACUUUGUUGACAUAGCUACCAGAAAAACGAACAUCUCUCUUUUGUGUUGGUGUUUAGGUAUAAAGACGCGCUUGCAAGCAUUCUCUCCAUCAUUGCCAGUACCAAGCGUGUCAGUGACUUUUGUGAUUGAGUUAGUAAGUUUGACUCUGACCAUCAGUAACAAUGACUGGAUACGAGCUGGACAUGGUCAAUAGAGACCCCAAUGGUCUCAACGAUCACGUUAGGGUACUUUUUGAAGAAGUCCUCGGUGAACCAGACGGCGCCCACUCCAUCGACUGCGUCUGGAGCUGUGCCUACAAAUGUUUCAACUGCUUCAAAGGCUGCUGCUACAAAUUUUUAACAGUCCUUUGUGGCAUACCGCUAGCCAUCUGCUGGGGAUGUGAGUUUGCCUACAUCACUUUCUGGCAUGUCUGGUACGUGACCCCAUGCAUGAGAGCCUACAUGAUCAACUGUGGAUGCCUUCAGAAGUUCUACGGUACAUGUCUGCAGUGCUACUUGCAGCCACUUUGUGAGGCUAUGAGCUAUUGCUUUAGCAACAUUAAGGUCACGAACAUGUCCGGAUAAAGUUAUCUAGGUCAAAAAAAAAGAAGUGCCAUUGUUUGUGUUAUUUAUAACUCACGAAAAUGUUUAUGCGGCGUAGCGAUUGGAACAUAAGUAUUUGAUCUACUAUUUGUUAAUACAUCAUAAGAUCUUGGAUAUAACUCAAAAGCUUGGAUAAUUGGAUUGAAGUUAAUAUCAAGACAAAAAAGAACAAAACUAAUUUGACUAUAAAUACUGUAUCUGUGAUACCUGUUAUAUUGUUUUCAUAGCUAUUAUUGCACCAUACUUUUCAAUUUCUAUAUUUGAAUUCUAGCCCUCAUGUUUCCAUUAUAAGUAGGCCUAUGCUCAUUUCAACAUGGGGAAUAACUCAUAUAGUGCCCUAAUGAAAAGUGUAUUAAUUAAUUUAUUGAGCUCUCCUAUGUCAAACUACGAUUAGGGUCAAUACGCUUCUGUUUUUAUAGGAUACCAUCCACCAGAGUUUAGGUAUCCAGCCAGCUCCUGUUUUUUUUUAUAUUCAACUGCUAAUUCAUAAUGUCUGGAAAUAAUUUUACACUGAAAUAGAGUAUUGAUGUUUUGUUUUUUUACCUUGCAAUCGCUGUCAGUAUUCGAUGUAUACAUUUUUAUAGAUGUUAAUGAUAAAGAUAUUCAUUUAAAACUAUUUUGUCCAAUGAAAAUGGAAUGUAAAAAGAGCUGUUCUAUAAAUAAAUUUAUUGUCUUCUAAAGUAA